ACGUUCGAGGUGGCAGUAAAGUCAAGAAGUGGAGACAUGGCAUCCGAGAAGCCAGCCUCUUCAGUGGGCGAUGACACAUCUGAUCCAGAGGAAGAGGAGAGGAGGGCCGCGGCUGUUGCCAGAGAAGCCAACCGGCUGCCGGAGCUGCGGCUGGUGCUGCUGGGGUGGAGGUGGCCUGGGAAGAGCCUGACGGGGAACACCAUCCUGGGCCGAGAGGACUUCCGCCUGGAGCGGGCCGCCGAGUUCUGCGUCAAGCGGGAGACAGAGGUGUCCGGGCGGAAGGUGACUGUGGUGGACACCCCGGGCUGGUUCUCGUCCCAGGCCACGCCGGUCGCCUACCAGCAGGAGAUUGUGCGCUCGGUGGCCAUGUGCCCGCCAGGGCCCCACGCCUUCCUGCUGGUCAUCCCUGUGGGCAUGUUCACGCAGGCAGACCGGGAGAAGGUGGAGGAGCACGUGGGGCUGUUCGGGGAGGCUGUGUGGCACCACACCAUCGUGGUGUUCACCUGGGCGGAGGUGCUGCGCUCCAUCCCCAUCGAGAGGCACAUCCGCCGGGAGGGCAGGGACCUGCAGUGGGUGGUGGAGCGGUGCAAGGGCCGCUACUACGUCAUCAACAACAACAUCUUCGGGGAGCACCCCCAGCUGCCCCGUCUCAUGGAGAAGAUUGAGCAGAUGGUGGAGGAAGAGGGCGGCUUCCACAGCGCCGACUCGGCUGAGAAGAAGCCGCUCAACCUCAACGCGGUGGAGCGGGACCUGGGAGCCCGGCCCAAGCAAAACUGCUCUUUAGGCUCAGUCAAAAGCAUGGAGGUGGACCCCCCAGAAAAUGCAGGCGAUGGAAAGGGCAGCCAGGCUGACACAAAUGCAAAUCAGCCAUGACCGGAACAGGGGCCUCCUCUCCCAGUGCCCGGAGCUUGCAGGUAGCGGGACGGUUAGAGAGGACCCAACGAGCCUCAGGAUUGAAUGCAGAGAAAAGUCGGAGUCCAUCGUGGCCUCCGACAACAACAGUAACAGCCUGCCGACAUUGCUGUUGGAUUCCAAUUUCUAAUUCCGACUCCCCUCCCCCACCAAAAUUCCUCACUUUACAUGACAAAAAAUAACAAUUUUAUUAUUAUUAAAUAUAUUUAUUACCUGGAAACCUCAUACCAUGGCUUGACCAUUUCUAAAGCAACAAAGCCAUUGGUUUAUAGGAGGGAGAUCUAUUUCUGAAUUUCUCUUCAUUAUUUUAACAGGAACAACCCUUGUCCUAUUCAGUUUUUUUAAAUCUGUCAAAACAGGUCAGGCUUUCAGGCAGUAGCUUUAAAAGAACUGCACUGUCAGUUUAUGGGUAAACUACUGCUGUCUGAAUUGUCACACAAGUGUCUUUUUUGAUACAAAAGACUGUGUUGCCAGUUUGCAGUGCAGCUGUUGCAUCUGUGGGCAAUCACUGCAUGAUGACAUCUAGUAUAGCGUAUGCAUCUGGGCUGGUGUUUUAGCAUUAUUUUUAAAUUAAAAGGGGAAGGAAAGUAAGGACUUUGAAUGCAUUUUACUGAUGUACACCAGCUUAUUGUGGUGUCAUAUAUGAAUACUCCUCAGGCUAAAAUGACAUGCAUCAACAGCAGUGAAUGCCUCCACCACCAGGUGGUGAUCAAUAUUACAGUACCAGCUGUAAUGACUUCCCCAGGUACUCUGUGACUCUGUUCUUUUUUCUGACAUAGACUGUAACCUUAGAAGUGAUACAGAGGUAUCUGACCUUGAAUGUGAAGUGAACCAAAGAGGAGGAAUUGAGCCAAGUUAAACUAGAAUCUGAGAAUGUCGAAAAAGAGCUUGACCAUGAUCAAUACACCGAACCCACACUAAUCCCGUUCUGCUACGUAGUAUUUUUUCAUAGCUCUCCUCUAUUUGGAGAGUUUGCGCUGUUGACAAAGGUUUUUAAUCAUCGUUUUGUGUUGGUCUAGGGUCAGUAAAAUCGUGCUGUGCUUUGUCAAAUGAAUGGCCUUCUGAAGUCUGCUCAGGGCCAUUCAGUGAUGUACUCUACUAAUAAAACUAUGCUGCUAAAUAAUACUUGAAGAAACAUAUCAACACAGAGAACUGGCAGCACAGAGGAGCUCAGCUCGACUUUUGUCUGGAAGCCCAUCCCAUGGCACUGGGUUUGCGUGUGUUUUGCUCACGGUCACAUACUGCAUUGCUGAAAAUGCUUGCUAGACCUUCUCAGAUAUGCAUUGCACAUGAGUGAAAUUAUUUUGAGCAGCUGUUAGAAAUUAUUGUAAAAAUAGCGACCAAACCAGAGAGCGUGUAUAUCAAAUGUCAACAAAAUGAGGUGGAUGUGAUGGUGGAUGCCAUUUCUUAGUCUCCAUGCAGCUGUUUGUUGAGUUGGUAACCUUUUUACUUUCCUAUUUUAUGAUAUACUGAAUGUUUGAUGAUACUGAACUGCUGUAUUUCCCGGUAGAUCCAUGUGUGGCUCAUUUAGAGAGGCCUUCCAUAUUUAUGUAGUGUAUGUAGGUUGGAGUGGGAAGGCUCAGCUCAUGCAGUUUGCUCAGGAGCGGCCGACGCAGCAGGCUCUUAAACAGAGAGGCUAAUUGUUUUCCUAGAAUUAAAUAAUUGAGAAGUUGUAACACAAACCCCACAGCUGGGGUGAAUGGUAAGCUCUUGUAUUUGACCCCCGUGGCUUUGAUGUUGGCAUUCAUAGCCAUGCUCAUUGGCUCAGUGCUUUGUGUGUUACACCAAAGACAAUAAUGCAGCAGUAGGAGGUUUUAAGCUCUGUACGAGAUGGGGCUUCCACCUUUUUUUAUUUCUACUCUUGGUUUUUUUUUUUUUUUUGGAGUGAUUUUUA